GCGCUUACUGUGUGCGGAGCGCUGUACUGAGCGCUUGGGAAGUCCAAGUUGGCCACCUAGAGAGCCGUCCCGACCCAGCAAUGGGCUUGCCAUCAUCAUCAUGGUGUGUGGAGAUUUCAUCAGAAGUGUCAUCAUCUAAUCCAAAGAAAAAUGAUGUUUAAUCUUGGAUGCUCUUGCGAGAAAUGGCAGCACAGAAAAGGAAAUCUACAGUAGUAGAGCUUUCUGUUAAACAAAGAAAUCUGGAGAAGAACAACAAACCAACGCAUUCAGCAAAUAAGGAAAAACAUGUUUUAACUCCAAGACAUGACUCAAGUAAAUCAAAACCAAAUAAUUGUAAAAUACAGAAGGAAAAAGUUCUCAAAACUUUGGUCAAACCAGACAGGUUAGCGAACAGUAAAGCCACCAACAACUGUGGCAGGUCUUCCUCUCAGAUUAAAUUUGCUAAAAAGCCAUCCAAGCAGAGGAAACCGGAAUUAAAGAAAGCACCCAUCAAAACUGUGCCAAUAAAGAAAUCUACACUAAGACCUCCAAACAAGGUGAAGUCUCCUAAAACUUCCCUUCGCCAUUCCAAAAUAAACCACAAUAAUCCUCCAGGGUCAAAUUUGAAGCAAACUAAUGUUUUUGUAGGAAACACCCAUCUACUGAAGUUAAAAUCAGGUGAUAGGCAUUCACCUGAAAAUCAGAGCAGCAGGAAUACUAGACAUUCCCCCUCGAUACCUGUAAACAAAGCGACAUCGAGGAGCACCCAAUCAGAAAUGAAGUCUGUCAAAGAGAAGUCAAAAGAAAACAACUCUGUUACAUCAGCUAAAGUAAUAGCCGGUGAGGAUAAGGCCAAAAAGUUGGCUUCCAAAGGAGUAGAGAAGCCCUUGCUAAAAACUUCCAGCGACAGUAAGGCAAACGAACCUGAACCGAGAACACGAAUGACUACGAGGUCGGAAAAUGCAAAGUCUAAUGAUAAAAAAUCCAAGCACCUUGACAAAAACUCUGUGGCUGUCAAAAAACUUUCACAACUAGAUUCCUCCCCAAGAAAGGAAUUAGCCCAGAAAAGGCCAGCCCAAGAAAUUCCCAGAUCAAAACGUGCAACUCCAACUCCGUUGAAUGAACAACUUAAUAGGCGAUCACAAAGACUACAAGAGUUAAUGGGCGUUUCAACGAGAUCCUUGCGAAACCGGGAAAUUAAAGGGCCCACUUUAGAACUCAAACAAAAUACCCUGGCGAAAAGAGCGGAGCGCACUGGUAAAGCCGAAAUAGCUAAGCCUAGCAAGCCCAAAGAAGAACAGAAAAAUGUAAAACGAAAAGUUUCGAAUGUCACGUCGGACUCCACAGAAAAGAAUGAAAUCUCCACGACGGAAGAGACGGCAAGGUCUCCAAAAGGAAAGAAACGCAAAGUGGAUCAAAGAACAGAUGAUGCCAGCCUGUCCCAGAAGAGCACACAACAGCCCGCGAGAAAAGAAACGCACUCGGGGCCUGUGGUUUCUUCCCAGUUAAAGAAAGCCGAAGCGGUCAACUCUUUGACCCCAAAGAGGAAUGAAAAGAUAAGCGGGAAACAGGCAGGUCACUCAAAUAGCAGUAUAAAAUUAAAAAAAGAUUCACAUCCGGGCACGCCUGAAGAAAACGGAGGUGAUAAUCCAGAGAAUGCCGUGAAAUCGAAACGAGUAAGCAUCCUCGAACUUUGUGAGGAAAUUGCGGGGGAGAUUGAGUCCGAUACCGUGGAAGUGAAAAGGGAGUCUUCGAUCCCUGAAGGUGGGAAAGAGGAAGAGCAGCCCACUAAGAUUCUUCCAGCAGUUGAAGGGCAGUUGCUUUCUCAGAAGGAACCAAGUGCAAAUGUCCAGUGCAAGCGUUUUUUCCCCAGUCGAAAGACAGUGCCUGUGAAAUGUAUGUUAAACGGCCUAAGCAGUCCAGCGAAUAAAAAUUCCAAGUGGACAAAAAUUAAGUUAGCUAAAGCUAACCACGUACAUCACAAUAGUUCAGAUCCUUCAGCAGUCCCUAAACUGGACGCAAGAACUAAUUCUACCGUUUCACAGGCCACAAUCCAUCUCCCUCCAGAAACGGAGCAUUUGAAGAUUCAAAGCAGACUGCCAACAGCAAAGCCACAAGAGGAUAAAUGCGCAGUCUCCAAACAGGGGAAAGCAAACGAUGAGAUUUCUUCUGAGGAAAUCAAAAGUGAUGCUACGACGACUGUCAAAAAGAAAUCCACUGAGAGGAUUGGUCAGGUGGAUAAUCAGACGAAGCAGCCUCCCAAUCCAACAUCGGAUGAGAGUUGCAGGUUACAUUUGGAAGCUAGCCCAGAAAGCACUCCAGCAAAAAAUUUGGUAGAAGCAGAGCCACCAUCUGCUCCACCUCAACCUACUCAAGUCAAAACUGUUAAAGAGGACAGUGACUCUCCAGGUUCUGCUCCCAGGCAGCUGGUACGCACUUUAUUCAGUAACCAAACACCCAAGACCAGUGAUCGCAGGGUAGCAUUGCCAAAUCAACCAUUAACAAUAAAGAGCGGUUCCCUAUCGGAGAUCAAACUUCCAAAAGAUUUAAAGCUAAAGGAAGCCGAAAAGGAUGAUGACAAGCAAUUGAUCAUAGAUGCAGGACAAAAAAGAUUUGGAGCAAUUUCCUGUGCUGUUUGCGGAAUGCUUUACACAGCUUCUAACCCAGAGGAUGAAACACAGCACCUGCUCUUCCAUAACCAGUUUAUAAGUGCUGUAAAAUAUGUGGGAUGGAAAAAGGAGAGGAUUUUGUCUGAGUACCCUGAUGGCAAAAUAAUAAUGGUCCUUCCUGAAGAUCCAAAGUAUGCACUGAAAAAGGUGGAAGAGAUUAGAGAGAUGGUAGAUAACGACUUGGGAUUCCAGCAGGCUCCUCUCAUGUGUACCUCCCGGACGAAGACCCUGCUGUUUAUCUCUAACGACAAAAAAGUAGUUGGCUGCUUAAUUGCAGAACAUAUCCAGUGGGGCUAUCGAGUAAUAGAAGAGAAAAUUCCCGAUAUCAACACGGAGAAAGAGAAAGUCAUCUUUGAGCGGCAGAAGGCCUGGUGCUGCUCCACGUCUCCCGAGCCUGCAAUCUGUGGGAUUAGUCGGAUCUGGGUAUUCAGCAUGAUGCGUCGGAAGAAAAUUGCUUCUCGGAUGAUUGAAUGCCUGAGGAGCAACUUUAUAUACGGUUCAUAUUUAAGUAAGGAAGAAAUUGCUUUUUCUGACCCUACGCCUGAUGGAAAACUCUUUGCAACACAGUACUGUGGCACCGGCCAGUUUUUGGUAUACAAUUUCAUUAACGGACAAAACGUCACCUAAAGUGGAAUUCUUCCCCAGAGGGACCCGAAGACACUGUCGCAAGACACGGAUCGGUGGCUGAUUUUGACCGGGAACUAGGGCCAUUUUUCUUACAGCGAACUCAGGACUGGAAGGAACCGAGAGGUUGUUCCAUUUUAAUACCGUUGGAAUCAAUGCUGUUAUAGCUGAAUUUUGUUUUGUUUUUUAAAAGAAGAUAUUUUGUUUACAGAAGUUUAUGAUGGAUGUAUUUUAUCUAGAGUUAUUUAGACACGUUUACAUGCAGCAGGUAACGGUUCAUCGUGCACUGUAAACAAAUGCAAAGACUCCGGUCUCAGUCGAUGAGUAUCUGUUGAAGUUCUUUAUGCGGAGAUAUGCCAGCGGGGCUGGGGACGGUAUCGUGGACGGUGGACCGGCCAGGCUGGUUUUUGUGCGCCGGCGUGUGAACUUCAAGCGGUCACCCUUCCCUGGGGAGAAAGUCAGGCCCGAAUGGGUGGGCUAAAGGGGACAGUAUUAGGGGUGGAAACGCAGGAGGGAGCGGACAAGUGCGGGCCAUUUGUUUCCUUCCUCCUAUUUCCUUUCUUCCUCCUUCCUGGGGGAGGGAGAGCUGCAGUUGGCCGGGAUUCUGGAAAUCCCGGGAGCCUGGCAGCAGAAUUCAGUGGCCCCUCUUCGGCCAGAGUCCCGCCCACCGAGUCGCAAGAAGGAAAAACCUAGGCGGAAAUUUUGCCAACUCCAGGGUUGUCUGGCAGCAGCCCUCCCGCGAGGCUUUAAAAGCACACGGGACUGAAGAGGGUUUUAAGCUAAACUUGAAUUACCUGUGUUUGCUGUAUCUUUCCCCCCCCUCCCCGAAAUGCUGCACUGAGUAUAUCCCUUCAUGAAGGGACUUCACUUUGAUACUUGUCUAUCCUUCACAAUGCCCUCCACUUUUAAAGGGUUUAUAUGUCGAAAUACUGCUGUGGCCUUUCUUGAUCUGUAUAUAAUGUAGAGUCAAAGAAUAAAGUACUUGAUAGUUUU